AUGAUGCUGCGCGUGAGCGCUGCCGCGGUGUCUGUGGUGCUGGCGGCCCUUGGCCUGAUGCAGCGGGUCAGCGGCCAGGCCUACUCGCCCGGGCAGACGGCCCUCAAGUUCCGAUCUCAGUUCAAGACGGAGGACUUUGUGUUCAACCUGGCGGCCGCCAAGGCGGGCGAUGCGGGCAAGGGCGGCGAGCUGCGGGUGGCCGCGGUGGCCGCCAUGCCCUCACUCGCGGGAAAUGGCGUCUCGCAGGCACUCUACAGACUCUACCCUUGCGGCAUGAACAGGUGGGUGUCAGGCAGCAUCGAUAUAUUGCAUCCCCAAACCAGACGCACACACAGACGUGCACCUGUGUGUGUGUAUGUGUGUGUGUGUGUGUUUGGUGUGUCCACUGACUGCAGUGUGCAGAUGCAUCCGCGUGCGACAGAGCUGUUUUACGUCAUCAACGCGACGGAGCUGCAUGUGGGCUUUGUGGAGGAGAACGGUGGCAGAACCAUCGAGAACGUCCUCAAGACGGGCCAGCUGUCCUUCGUCCCCAAAGGCCUCCUCCACUGGCACUACAACGCCGGUCGGUGCGCACCCACACACACAGGGAGAGAGGGAGAGACCACAGGGGGGUGUGUGUGUGUGUGUUGAUGGAUCUGUCAGGUUGUGAGGACGCGAUCUUUCUGUCGACGUUCAACCACGAGGACCCCGGUGUGCUGACGAUCGUCAAUGCCCUCUUCGACAUCAACAGCACCUCACUCCAGGCGGCAUUCAACGUAGACGCCGACCAGAUAGCCGACAUCAAGAGCAGCAUACCCGCUUCACCCGUCCCGGGCAUCGCUGAGUGCCUCGCUAAAUGCGGUCAAGAAGGUAUGUAAAGGAACAACACUCACUCACACACACACACGGUGACACAUGCGUGUGUGAGUGGGUGGCUGUGUGUGUAGCUGUGGACCCGUGUGAGCUGAAGAAGUGCGGCGAGAAUGAGGUGUGCAAGACCGUCGAGGGCAAGGCCCAGUGCGAGUGCAAGAGCAGACACGUCAGGGACGAAAACGGUGACUGUGUGUCCGACGGAGGAUUCGGCAGCGGAUAG